UGCAGGGGUUAAAUAAGUCACGUAACAACACCCAAGAUUUGACAUUUUGUCGAGUGCCGGUUGCGAACCAGUAUCUAAUAGAAUUUUUUGAUCACACAGUAUUGAUAAGUAUUUGUAAGAUGCCUAUCAAGAGCGUAUUUGCCCGAAACAUUUUCGACUCUCGUGGCAAUCCUACAGUAGAAGUAGAUCUCGUUACUGAUUUGGGACUUUUCCGUGCUGCUGUGCCAUCAGGAGCUAGCACCGGUAUUUAUGAGGCUUUGGAGCUCCGCGACAAUGUGAAAUCCGAAUACCAUGGCAAAGGUGUCCAGAAAGCCAUCGACAACAUCAAUAAGUGCAUCGCCCCGGAGCUCGUCAAGUCUGGCCUUGAGGUCACUCAACAGACCGAGAUUGAUGAGUUCAUGAUCAAGCUGGAUGGUACAGAAAACAAAUCCAAAUUGGGCGCUAACGCUAUUUUAGGUGUGUCACUUGCUGUGGCGAAAGCUGGCGCUGCCAAGAAGGGUCUUCCCCUUUACAAACAUUUGGCAGAACUGGCUGGAAAUAAUGACAUCAUUCUCCCAGUACCAGCCUUCAAUGUUAUCAAUGGCGGAUCUCAUGCUGGCAACAAACUCGCCAUGCAGGAAUUCAUGAUCCUUCCAACUGGCGCAUGCUCGUUCACCGAAGCUAUGAAAAUGGGCAGUGAAAUCUACCAUCACCUGAAGAAGGUCAUCAAGGACAAGUUUGGUCUUGAUGCCACUGCCGUGGGUGAUGAAGGUGGUUUUGCACCUAACAUCCUCAACAACAAGGAAGGCCUAGAGCUUAUCAAGGUCGCUAUUAAUAACGCUGGUUACACAGGCAAAGUCGAAAUCGGAAUGGACGUUGCUGCUUCCGAAUUCUUCAAGGAAGGCUCAUACGAUUUGGACUUCAAGAACCCCCAGUCCGACAAGAGCAAGUGGCUGACCCCCGAAAAGCUCCAGGGUCUCUACCAAGAAUUCAUCGCCGAGUACCCCAUCGUCUCCAUCGAAGAUCCCUUCGACCAAGACGACUGGGCCGCGUGGACCUCCAUGACCGCCGCCACCAAAAUCCAAAUCGUCGGCGACGACCUCACCGUCACAAACCCCAAGCGCAUCCAAACGGCUGUCGAAAAGAAAGCCUGUAACUGUCUGCUGCUGAAGGUCAACCAGAUCGGUACGGUUACCGAAUCCAUCAAGGCUCACCUGUUGGCCAAACAGAACGGCUGGGGCACCAUGGUCUCCCACAGGUCCGGGGAAACCGAGGAUACUUUCAUUGCCGACCUGGUUGUGGGACUGUCCACCGGUCAGAUCAAGACCGGCGCCCCCUGCAGGUCGGAACGUUUGGCCAAGUACAACCAGAUCUUGCGUAUCGAGGAGGAACUGGGCGCCAAGGCUAAGUAUGCCGGAAAGUCAUUCCGCAAGCCACAGUAAGCGAUUGCAUUGUGGGUUGCAUACUUGUAGGGCGUACUAGCUUACUCUGUAGUUUACACGGAAUUCAAAUCUGCCAGUCUGAUGUCUGUAAUGUUGUUCAUUCGUCGUGUAACCGAUAGGAUAUUUUUCCGAAUUGUAUUUGUGGAAUUUUUUUCAAGAGUAAGUCGGCCCUUUGUAGUGUAAGGCGCAAGGCAUGUAUGAUAUACAUAUAUAAUAUACUUUGUAUUAACUUUAUUAUUUAUGGUAUCAUGUAUAAGAAAUACACACAUUUUAGUGUUA